UUUUCAAAGACAUGUUUGCGGCCGGCGAAAGCGCCCCAAACCAAGAAACGAUGGUCCUCACCGAAGAUUGUGCAACCUUGGAAUACUUUCUUCGUCACAUAGAUCCAGCAAAGGAAACUCCACAACUGGACUGGGACCGCGUCGCCGGUGCGUUGCAAGCCGCAGAAAAGUACCAAGUCAACAACAUCUUCAAGUGGUUCGAACGAGAAGUAGACUUGUCGCUAACUUUCGACCGAUCUCGUGUACUGCCCAAUCCGAUGCUAUGUCUCGCGUUGGCUCGACGCUAUGACCUACAAAUGACGGCCAGAAUAUCGCUUCGUCAGCUCAUCAAAUGCCGCAUUGAGGAAAUCACGGGAAGUCCUCAUGUAGAUAGUGCAUUAUUGAAGCAGAUAUUCAGCAUGCGUACUAAAAGAAUGCGAGCUUUGUUGAAAAUAAUUCUCGAAUGUCCAGAGCAUCCGCACAAGCACACCUCGCAAUGCGUUUACGCGAGUUCUCGUAUUUCUUACGCCGGAUGGAGACAUGAUGCGCUCGAGCGGAUAAUUUCGGAGCCAAGUUUGUUCGCAAUCCUUGCUUCUAUCCGCGGUCGAGGG